AUGGCAAAUACUCAAAAUGUUGACUCUUUCAAUCCGGUGUUGAAACGGCUGCCCGUCCCUGCGCUGCAGGAUACGCUGAACAGGUACCUGGACAGGGUGGAGCCCCUACAGGACCAGAGGCAGAACAAGCGGACGCGGGAUGCUGUGUUCUGCCCUGAGAACAUGGAGAAUCUUACUGUGCUGCACGAGAAACUGCUCGAGUACGACAAGCAGCUCGCUGUGGAGCAGCCGAAGUCGUCGUACAUCGAGCAGUUCUGGUACGAUGCGUACUUGCUGUACGAUGCGUCUGUCGUGUUGAACGUGAACCCGUUCUUCCAACUGCAGGAUGACCCGACGUUGAAGGACACGGCUUUGUCGGAGGACGGGCCCUACGGUAUUCACACGGUGCAGAUCAAGCGGACCGCGAAACUUGUUACCUCGAUGCUCAAAUUUAUCCAACAGAUCCGGAGACGCACUUUGAAACCGGAUGUGCUGCGUGGCGGCGUACCCUUGUCGAUGGACCAGUACGAUAAGUUGUUUGGGUCCUCGCGGAUCCCGCCUGGUCCAGGGGAGCAGUCCUGCCACUUGCAGAGUGACCCGACGUCGCACCACGUUAUGGUGAUGUACAAGUCGCAGUUCUACUGGUUCGACGUGCUAGACGUGCACAACAGGCCGAUCUUCACCACACCGGCAGAGCUGGAGUAUAACUUGUACUCGAUCCUUAUGGACGGGAACACGGACCAGGACGUGCACAGACUGCCCUUUGGCGUCUUCACCACGGAGAGCAGAAGGAUAUGGUCCAACAUCAGGGACUACGUGGCGCAGAGCGAGGACAAGACGAACUGGAAGAACGUGAAGUUGAUCGAUUCAGCGCUGUUCGUCAUUUGUCUCGACGACGUUGCAUUUGACGAUACACCACAGGGCCAACAGGAGUUGGCAACCUCAAUGCUCUGCGGGACCUCUAAAGUGCAACUCGACUUCAAGUCCGCGGCGAUGCCCUUGAACAUCCAGAGCGGGACUUGUCUCAACCGCUGGUACGAUAAGUUGCAACUGAUCGUGACGAUGAACGGGAAGGCAGGGAUCAAUUUUGAACACACGGGCAUCGACGGGCACACGGUGCUCCGGCUGGCCACGGACAUCUACACUGACUCGAUCCUGAGUUUUGCACGGGGGGUCACGGACAACGUCCCUGACAUCUUCGACCCGAACGGGCUGCGCGCCUCAUCUGCGUCAGGGUCCCCGCCCCCUGGCAGGGAAUCCUCCCCCUCCGCAAAGGCGAACUUGAUCACGAUCCCGCGGAAACUCGAGUGGAAGAUCGACCCGUUCCUGCUCUCAUCCUUGCACUUUGCGGAGACGAAGAUCUCGGACCUGAUCUCGCAGUACGAGCUUGUGUCCCUGGACUUCGAGAAGUUCGGCGCCUCGCACAUCAAGUCCAGCUUCAAGUGUUCCCCCGACGCGUUCACGCAGCAGAUCUUCCAAGUCGCGUACUACGCACUGUACGGGAAGUUCGAGACCGUGUACGAGCCGGCGAUGACGAAAGUGUACCAGAACGGACGCACGGAGGCGAUCCGGUCCGUGACCGUGCCCUCCAAGAAGUUUGUCAAGUCCAUAUUCGACCGGCGUGCGACAGACGAGGACCGGAAACAGUUUCUCCAGGAUUCUUGCAAGGAACACUCGAGAAUCACAAGGGAGUGUUCCAUGGGUCAAGGCCAGGACCGUCACCUGUACGCGCUGUACUCGAUCUGGAACCAGUGGUACAGGGACGCAAUGCCCUUGCCACCUCUCUUCAAGGAUCGGUCCUGGCAACUGAUGGCCACGAACGUGCUGUCGACGUCGAACUGUGGGAACCCGUGCCUGAGGAGUUUCGGGUUCGGGCCCGUGACGCCGAACGGGUUCGGCAUCGGGUACAUCAUCCGGAACAACUCGAUCUCGAUCGUCGUGUCCUCGAAGCACAGACAGACGCAGCGGUUCGUCUCGCUCAUCGAAAAAUCGCUGCUGGAGAUCGACCACAUCUUCAACAGGGACAAGAACUCGAACGCAGAGGAGACGGACUACCUCGUCAACUCGAGAGGACUCGUAGAGGCCCCAAACAAGACAAAAUCAGACGACUUACGAUACCUGCUAGCAGGCUACGACUACUUCGACGUGAGCGUCACAGGCUAG